AUGUCUUAUCAAGGUCAUUGCAAUUGCGAGAGCAUUCGCAUCACCCUUCCUCAACAACCUCCGGGCUCAACUGUUUGCCAUUGCGAUUGUUGCAAGCGAGCAGGUGGUGGUGCAUUAUCUGUCAACUACUUUAUCAAUGAAGAUGAAUUGACCGUCCACGAUCCAAAUGCGACAUUGAAGAUGUAUGAGGACAAGAAGUCCGUCAGUGGCAACGUUGUGAAGCGUUAUUUUUGUUCCAGCUGCGGCAGCCCGGUGUACUCCAAGACCCCGAAGACCCCUGGAAAAGUCUUUCUGAAGGCUGCAUUGUUCGACAUUGUCUCCCCUCCUGCAGCUGAGGUGUUUAUCAAUAAACAGUAUCAAUGGGAGAAGAGCAAGCGUGAUAUCAAGGCGAAGCCAUGCUGCUGUCUCCGGGCUAAUAUCAUUAAUGGAAAUAUGACAGAAGUCCCUACUCAAACUUCUCGUCCUCGACGACCAUCCGGUGCCACUUUGCGGAAUACCCGAUCGCGCGAUAACGCCAACGCCUUGAAUCACCACGAAGCAGUCGAGCUCCAGCGGCUCCAAACUCAUGAAGACAAUGAGCUGUACUACUCAACGCCAUCAGCUUCAUCCGGUGACGAAUAUCGCGUCGUGACGCGUCGCACCACAUCACGCGCUCUCGCGUCACGUGCCGAGUCGCAGCAGCGCCAGCAAGCUCGAAAGGGGAUUUGGGGCAAGUUCACUCGCAUUUGGACGCAUAAUGUUACUUUGACGGUGCCACAUAAGAGUAGUCGGGAUUACUUCGCUCUGGAGAGAACAUUCCUCGCAUAUAUACGGACCUCUCUCGUUGUUUCCCAGCAAGGUGUGCUGAUUGCGCAGCUGUUCCGUCUGCAGGGUGCGGAGGCGUUGGCGGACCGUCUUGGGUUUCGUCAGGUCGGUACUCCCCUCUCGGUCGCGUGUCACUGUGUGGCUAUUCUCGUGGCUUUGGUUGGGGCCUAUCGAUUCUGGAGGCAGCAGAAUGCUAUUUCUAGGGGUAGGAUUUAUGCUGGUGGUUGGGAAUUGAACUCUGUGGGGAUAUUACUAGGCUGUAUCAGUCUAACCGUAUUGAUUGUAUCCGUUGCUAUUAUCGUUGAGAUUGAUAUAGACCCGUCUAUAUUUGUUCGCCAAAUAUUAGGUGGGUGA